AUGGAUGACACGGGGUACAGUGAGUGGAACGAAGGGUUCCCGAAACGCCCUGCAGGUACCUACAGGUGCUGGGGCCAGAGGCUGCUCAUCCUGGCCCUGGCCUUGGUGGCCAGCACCAUCCUGUGGAUCCUGGCGCUGACCAUCCUCUCCUCCAGGGCUUCCUCCGAGUGCGGGACGCUGCUCAGCCGCCAAGACCAGCAGGUGACAAAUGCUUCCAAGCUGACGGCGCUCCUGGAUGACUUGAAGAAGGAGGUCAAAGCCUACAAUAGCAGCUGCAUGAGCAUGCAGGUGCAGCUCCAGACGGCAUAUGCCCAGCUCCAGAAGGCGCAGGGGAAGCUGAUGGAGCAGGAGAGCGGCCUGAGUGAACUGAACCAGCGGGUGACCCAGAGUUUGGCGGAAGCGGGGAGGGACCGCGAGAACAUCCGCACGGAGCUGCUCCGGGCGGUGGAGCGGGUCCGACAGACCAAUGGCUCUUGCCAGCCGUGCCCUGCGUCCUGGCUGCCUUUCCAGGGCUCCUGCUACUUUUUCUCCCAGCAAACAGCGCAGUGGGACAAGGCACUGCGGCACUGCGAAAUCCAGGGGGCGCACUUGGUGAUCGUUAAGGACCUGCAAGAGCAGAUCUUCCUGACCCACAACAAAGGCAACUUCGGUUAUUGGCUGGGCCUGAGAGCCCAGCGCAAGGGUCACGUGAUCCAAAACUACCAGUGGGUGGACGGAGUCAAGCUCACCUUCAGCCACUGGAACUGGGGGGAGCCCAAUGACUCUAUGGGACGCGAGGACUGUGUCAUGAUGAUCCCCACGGGACUGUGGAACGACGCGCCCUGUGACAACGAGAAAGACCGCUGGAUUUGCGAGAAGCGGCAACGCUGCUAG